AUGGCCCCCAUCUUCAAGUCCCUCUUCCUCCUCGGGACUCUCGCCGCCACCACCCUCGCCGCCCCCCUCCAAACCACCACCAACCAAAAGCGCGCCGCCAGCUCCUGCACCAAGGACGCCCCCUGCAACGGUCAGGUCACCUUCUACGACACCGCAACCUCCCCCUCCGCCCCGAGUAGCUGCGGGUACACGAAUGACGGCGAGGCCGAGUCCGUUCUCGCCCUCCCGCACGGUAUCAUGACGGACGAGGACUGCGGGAAGACCGUGACUGUCAAAUAUGGUGGCAUUACCAAGACGGGUAAGGCGGUGGACAAGUGUAUGGGGUGCGACGAUACCUCGAUUGACUUGUCGCGACACUUCUUUACGGAGUUGGCGGCGUUGCUGGAGGGGAGACUUUUUGGGGUUGAGUGGUAUAUGGAGUAA